GCGAAAUCAAACACCCAGUGGAAACGGGAGGAAGUCAGGAAGCUGCCCGCUUGUGACAGCAGUGUCGAAGAGAGAGAAGAAAAAAAAAAAAACACCUCCAAAAAGCCGGACUCGUGCUUGAACUCUUGAGAGCUCGACUCCCAGGAAAAAGCGCUGCCGAUAUGUCGAAGAACACCGUGGCCGCCCGCUUCCGGCGAGUAGACGUGGACGAGUACGACGAGAACAAAUUUGUGGACGAGGAGGAAGGAGGCGAAAACCAACUGGGACCCGACGAGGCGGAGGUGGACUCCCUCAUCAGACAAGGAAACCUCAUGCAGGCUUUACAAGCCGUUUUGAAGAACCCGCCAAUCAACACGAAGAACCAGAACGUCAAGGAUCGCGCUGAGGGUUUGGUGCUGAAGGUGCUCAGCGCUUUUAAGAGCAGUGACAUUGAGAAAGGGGUGCAGUCCCUCGACAAGAACAGCGUGGACCUGCUGAUGAAAUACAUCUACAAGGGCUUCGAGAAGCCGUCCGAAAACAGCAGCGCGGUCCUACUGCAGUGGCACGAGAAGGCUCUGGCAGCUGGAGGCGUAGGCAGCAUCGUCAGGGUACUGACAGCGAGGAAGACGGUCUAGACGAGCAGCGGAGGAUCCCCGGCGGAUCCAGAAGGCGGUUCAUGUAAUCAUAACGGAUGUCAUAGGGCCUAAAAGGAAAAACCCAUGUUUGACCCAAUGUGAUCCCGCUGCGUUCAAAACCAAAUCCGGGUCACGUUGGGUUUUAAAAUGUGUGUUUUUCUGCUUUUCUUUUUUCCCCAUUCACGACCACAGCCGGCAGAAUCAUGUUCCACACUGGGUUCCACAGGGAGCGUCAUGUCUGCUGCUUCCUUGAUCUAAUUACAAUGCCCCCCCCCCCCGCACCCCUCUUCUCACAAUGUCAGUCCCACACAGUGUGAGCUCAGUCUACACACCUGUGGUUCCCAAACCAGAGGAGAUACAUCUUACAGGAGACAUUUUUACGUAGUUUAUGCUUUUUGGGAGCCUCUGUUGUUCAAAGUACCUACAAACUCAUGUUCAUGCUCACGAGGGGGAAAACUCAUAGAUCAAAAUACUCUGGUACACGGAUAACAUGUUAAAAAUGGAUAGUUUCAUAGUCACACGCGUUUUUCAGAAACACUUAUCCUUAAGUUAAUGAGAGAAUACUCUUUCUUUGUCAGGUUUUUAAUUAUUUUAGGACUAAGGAGACAACCAAUACCAGGAUAGAGGAUUCGGUCCAUACUGCACAGCCUCUGACUCUUAAAGAUUUAUCCUCCCUUGACUUCCACACAAACACACACACAGGGUUCUAGGUUUGAGUCUCUCAGGAAAAAAAAACAACUCACAGUAUUUGUUCCCAUGUUGUGUUGUGUCAUCAGUGGAGCCUUCCUGAUUGAAUAAAAGCCUGAUUCAGUCAGUAAAUCCUCUCAUUGCCUCUCCUUACAACACGAGCACUGCAAGGCUCUUCAAAAGGACACUCACAGGGAGGGGUUCUCAUUCACCCUGUAGAGUGGGCUGAGGAGGAGGAGGAGGAGGAGGAUGAUGUGGGGGGGGGGGUGUUGGUGUCAUCAGUCUAAUGCUGCCCCAGUUAAGGAUUAUCACCCUAAAGCAUCUCCACCACAGCUCUUGUUAAUGUCAUUUUACUGUUCCUCACAUUGGUCCUCUGAGUACCGCUGUGCAUGGCAUUGUGUGGCUUCGCUUCUUUACUUUCCGGAAUGACCCGUCACCCCGAGCAACCGAUCCCUGAUUUAUUUGGGUAUUUAACGUAAAAACUAUUUCCUCUUUUUGCUUUAUUUCCAGGAGAGACUUAAUAUUUUGUCUCUUUUAUGGGAUGAAACCAAUAUAUUGUUUGCAUGAUCCCACUAUUAAAAGCUUAGAGUAUUCUGUCAUCAUUGCAUUCUUGUCUUCAUGUUGUGUCUCUCCUGUUUUUGUAUUAAAUCUGGGUUUAAACUAACACUUGGAAAACUGGAAAAUUGUAUCUUACGUCUGUUGCCAAAUGAUUUAUUGUGCUUUCAUGCUUAAAUUGAGGAUUUUCUUGCCCCUCUGUAUUGGAGAAGACUGUUGAAGGUGUUUGGAGUGAUGGCUGUAAACAUUAUAAAUGAACACACAAGCACAUUUUGUGCUUUCAAAGAAGUUGCUUUUUUGAAGAUAUGUUUUGUUUUUUUCCUGCUCAUUUCCAAUCAAACAGAGAGGAUGGAUGUUGCUUUCCUUUAAAACGCAUCACAGCUUAUUUACUCACAAGUUUAUAUUUAGACACGGGCUGUCAUGUUUGAAUACUGUCAUCAGUAAUGAUUGAGGCGCACAUUAGAUUCCUUUUCUGAUGCAGUAACGUCUAGUUUUACAUGAACAAGAAGCUUCGUUCCUCCUCCUUCUUCAUGUACGUCUAGUCGGAGAUGCUCCUGUAGCCGAGGGAGCAAACUGAUGUACAAACUGCCUUACUCGAUAUUCCUUUUUUAUGUUCGUGCUUUUUUGACAAAACUAAUAAAGAUUUGACUUCUGAUCAUAA